GGAGCCUGCGCCUGCGCCUCUAGGACAGGGAAGGAGCCGAGCCCGAGCUCCGCGUCGCGACGCGUAGGCUCGCAGCGACGCGGGUCCCAGAGGCGGAGCCGGAAGCGCUCGGGUUUGACCCCCAGAGCCCCUCAGUUUUCGAAGCGGCGGUGGUGUAACUCCUGACCUGCCCCGCCUCCUCCCCUUCCCUUUCACCCGGAGGUCGAAGCCCCUGGCCGAGGCGGGGCGGCGCGGCCCAAGCUCCCGGACCCGGAAGAAGCGCCGUCUCCCGCCUCCACCAUGGAGCCCACCGCGCCGUCCCUCACCGAGGAGGACCUGACCGAAGUGAAGAAGGACGCUUUAGAAAAUUUGCGUGUAUACCUGUGUGAGAAAAUCAUAGCUGAGAGACAUUUUGAUCAUCUACGUGCAAAAAAAAUACUCAGUAGAGAAGACACUGAAGAAAUUUCUUGUCGAACAUCAAGUAGAAAAAGAGCUGGAAAACUAUUAGACUACUUGCAAGAAAACCCCAAAGGACUAGACACACUUGUUGAAUCUAUUCGGCGAGAAAAAACACAGAACUUCCUAAUACAGAAGAUUACAGAUGAAGUGCUGAAACUUAGAAAUAUAAAACUAGAACAUCUGAAAGGACUGAAAUGCGGUAGCUGCGAGCCCUUUCCAGAUGGAGCCACGAACAACCUCUCUAGAUCAAAUUCAGAUGAGAGUAAUUUUUCUGAAAAACUGAGAGCAUCCACUGUCGUAUACCAUCCAGAAGGAGAAUCAAGCACGGCCCCCUUUUUUUCUACUAAUUCUUCUCUGAAUUUGCCUGUUCUGGAAGUAGGCAGAACUGAAAAUACCAUCUUCUCUUCAACAACACUUCCUAGACCUGGGGACCCUGGGGCUCCUCCUUUGCCACCAGAGCUGCAGUUAGAAGAAGGAGGAACUUGUGGAAACUCUAGCGAGAUGUUUCUUCCCUUAAGAUCACGUGCUCUUUCACCGCAGUGACAAUCUCCUGCCUUCUAGAUUUUUUAAUAAUGACAAAAAUGUUUUAAAGGUUAUGAGUCUUUUUAUAAAACCAUUGUAAUGAUUUAUUUACAUUUGAUACUUGCCUUUUAAAAUACAAUGUAAGCAUACUUUGUAAAUAGAAUUUGUUAGGUAAAAGAAACAAAUUUUUAGAAUUGCUAAAUGCAAAUCAUGUCAAUCAUGUACUUUUCAGUAUUUUCUAGUCUUUUUUUUUAGGUGUUUUAUUGUUUUCAACCAUUAUAUAUUUUAAGAUUAAUAGGGAAUGUAUCUCUAUCUGAGAAUAGACUCUUAGGCUGGAAAUAAUUUUUCAUCUCAUGCAUUUGUGCUAGAAAUUUUCAGAGUCUAAUAGUCCUUUCCAACCAUUCAGGAGCAGAUUUUCAGCAUUGAGCUGCUUCUGUUCAGUAAUAAAGCCAGCCAUUGAUGGAAAAACUGCCAAUAUAUUGAAAAAAUUUUUCUUUCCCACUCCAUUGGCCUUACAGGAACUUAAAAGGUCUCCUUCUGAUACUAGACGAACACCUAAAGUUCUCACUUUCCCAUGCUGUAGUCCAUGACAUAACUGUUCUGUGCCUCUGCUUUCUCAUCUCUAAAAUGAGAGGGAAUUUGAACCACCUAAGAUCUCAGUUUGCCAAAAUUCAUUUCUAAUUAACCUUGCUACCUUUUUAGGAUUUUCAUAUACUUGGCUUAAUCAUUUUAAUUGUUAAAUAAAACUCUUGGCCUAAA